AUAUUCAUUCGCCUUGGCUCCAGGGAAGACAUCGUUACCGUGUCCUUCUAAACGCUGAUCAGAACUCCUUCAACAUCCAUCUUCUUCAUCAAGCUAACUUUUAGUGCAAAAAUCCACAAUGCGCGAGUGUAUCUCCAUCCACGUUGGUCAAGCCGGUGUGCAAAUUGGCAAUGCAUGCUGGGAGCUCUACUGCUUGGAGCAUGGAAUCCAACCAGACGGUCAGAUGCCCUCGGACAAGACCAUUGGAGGCGGAGACGAUUCCUUCAACACCUUCUUCAGUGAGACUGGAGCUGGAAAGCAUGUUCCACGUGCCGUUUUUGUGGAUUUGGAACCAACCGUAAUCGAUGAGGUUCGAACGGGCACAUACCGUCAACUCUUCCACCCUGAGCAGCUCAUCACAAACAAAGAGGAUGCAGCUAACAACUACGCUCGUGGCCAUUACACUGUUGGAAAAGAAAUUGUCGAUCUCGUUUUGGACAGAGUGCGAAAACUGGCUGACCAAUGCACUGGUCUUCAAGGAUUUCUCAUCUUCCACUCCUUUGGUGGUGGCACUGGCUCUGGAUUUGCUUCACUGCUCAUGGAGCGCCUCUCCGUCGAUUAUGGAAAGAAAUCAAAAUUGGAAUUUGCUAUCUACCCGGCCCCUCAGAUCUCUACUGCUGUUGUUGAGCCCUACAACUCCAUCCUGACCACCCAUACCACUCUUGAGCAUUCCGACUGUGCUUUCAUGGUUGACAACGAAGCUAUUUACGACAUUUGCCGAAGGAACCUCGAUAUUGAACGGCCCACUUACACCAACCUCAAUCGUCUUAUUGGACAGAUUGUAUCUUCCAUCACCGCCUCUCUUCGAUUCGACGGUGCCUUGAAUGUGGACCUCACUGAGUUCCAAACAAAUCUUGUGCCCUAUCCUCGCAUCCAUUUCCCUCUGGUGACCUAUGCUCCUGUCAUCUCAGCUGAAAAAGCCUACCAUGAGCAGCUUAGUGUAUCUGAAAUCACUAAUUCCUGCUUUGAACCAGCCAAUCAAAUGGUUAAGUGCGACCCUCGUCAUGGUAAAUACAUGGCCUGCUGUAUGUUAUAUCGUGGUGAUGUUGUUCCCAAGGAUGUGAAUGCCGCAAUUGCUACCAUUAAGACCAAGCGUACAAUCCAGUUUGUUGAUUGGUGUCCAACUGGAUUCAAGGUCGGCAUCAACUACCAGCCUCCUACUGUUGUCCCUGGUGGAGAUCUUGCUAAAGUGCAACGUGCUGUUUGUAUGUUGUCCAAUACGACUGCUAUUGCCGAGGCUUGGGCUCGUCUUGAUCACAAGUUUGAUCUGAUGUAUGCCAAGCGUGCCUUUGUCCACUGGUAUGUUGGAGAGGGUAUGGAAGAGGGAGAGUUCUCUGAGGCCCGUGAAGAUCUUGCUGCUCUUGAGAAAGAUUACGAAGAAGUCGGAGUGGAUACCACCAAUGAGGAGGGAGAGGAAGAAGGAGAGGAUUAUUAGAACUGCUGGACUAGCUGUUAAAACUGUGAUUGCAUUCUUGAUUCUUAAAUUAUAAUUAUGUAUUCUUCAUACC